AUGUCCAAGUUGUACCAAUGUAUUGUUGCCGCAUGUGAUAAAUUUGUACCGGAAAGUCUACGACCACUCUGGCAGCACCCAGCUGGACCAAAAACAAUUUUCUUUUGGGCUCCUGCAUUCAAAUGGGGUCUGGUAAUCGGCGGUCUAGGCGACAUAAACCGGCCCGCCAACAAGCUCUCCAUACCGCAGAUCUCAUCCCUCGCCGCCACCGGGCUCGUCUGGUCCCGCUACUCCCUCGUCAUUAUCCCGAAGAACUACAGCCUGUUCGCUGUGAACGUGUUCGUUGCUGCCAUCAAUGUGUAUCAGCUCGGCAGGGCCGUCAGGCACAGGCAGUCUUUGGAGAAGAAAUAA